GAUCAAACAGGGAUGCAACAAUAUUAUUGGCCACAAAGGUCAGUGUUGGCUUGGUUUUAGAUGAGUGAUCUACUUACCUCUUCGGUUUCAAAUUGCAAACACAUGUCACUCAAGCGCUCUGAUUGAUUUCCCGAGUGUGGUUUGACUUUGAAGGCUGUAUCAAGCGAAUUGAGACGUCAAAGAGGACUACUUACGUUUACAAAAGAUAGGCAAGUAGCCUACAUCAAAAUCCAGUUCUUGUGUUGUCACCCCCUGCCACAGCAUGGACCUUGGAGUGACCCAUCGUCAACGCCACAACCCUGUUGACAGCAUCUGUCGUAAGCUGCAGACCAUCCAGCGGCACGACCGUGAGGUUAACCCCCCCUCGCCCUUCCAGAUCCCAAAGUUCACGUCCAGCAGCUACGACAGCCCCCAGUCCAGCCUGCGCCGCAACCUGGAAGUCAUCCUGAAGAAGCGCGAGAGGGAGGGGAUGUUAACCCCCAAGGGUUCACCCCAGCUUCCCAGGAGCUCCCACUGUCCCAACUCCAGCCCAGCCAACCCCACCAUGAACCCCCCAACCCCGGUCAAUGCUACGUUUACCAUAACAAGUAAUCCUGGGGAGUGGAGGGGGGUAGGGGUGGGGUUAGGAGGGCAAGGGAGAGGAUGGCAGAGGGACUGCUCCACCCCAGCUGUCCAGAAUGGAGACACUUUUUUCAGCUUCUCUCAUGGUCCCCAGUUUACUCAGCCUGAGGCGGGGACAGGGUCUGACGGCAGCGAGAGGCACAGGACCCCAUCUCUGACUCGCACACCUGCACAGAGCCUGCUGUCCUACAACCUCAACUUCUGCUCGUCGGACUCCACGGCCAACCUGCUGCAGUGUGAGCUGCCUUACCCGGCCCUGGUUGUCAAGAGACUGUCGAUGGGAGACGGAGCCAUGUCCUCUGAGAACCGGAAGGAGACGAUGACUGAGGUCAGUCUGAUCUGUGAAGAGGAUUUACUAGACACCAUUUUCCAUGUUUGUGACACCCAGCGCAGAGGUAAGGUGUACGUGUCUCGUAUCGUGGACUACCUGCGUCACACCACCAGCCGGGGUUCUGAGGACAGCGGGCUGGAGGACCUGUGUAAUAUGCUGGACCCAGAGCACAAAGAUGUCUCCAUAGACCUGGACACCUACCACGCCAUCAUGAAGGAGUGGAUCGAUGACUGCAGAAAGAAUGGGGACGACACACCAGAGGACCUAACUCAAGAGUCUGUCAGACUCCGAGACAGCCUGUCAGCUAAGAGGUCUGUCCUGCUGAACAUGACCUCAGGUAGUCUGGAGGCAUUUGGAGGGGAGGUGUCACGAACAGAUCUUGAGACGUCAGACCUGGUGUUCUGUGUGACCGACCUGCAGUUCAGUAACCAGAAGCUUCAGGAGGAGGUGAGGAAGCUGAAGCAGAAUGUGGAGACCAUGGAGGACCAUAACCAGAAACUAGCAGAGGAGAACGAGGAGCUCAAGUCACAGGCCAGACUAGGCCAGCAGCUGGCCCAGAAGGAGAAGAUGUUGAAGGAUGAGGUGGAGGAGAUGAAGAUGAGUCUGAGCUAUACAGAGGAGGGCAGAGCCAGGGCCUCUGCUCAGACCAAACAUAUGGAGAGAGAGAACCAGAGUCUGAUUGCCAAGAUAAGCUGUCUUCAGGAUGAGAACAUCAAGGUCACCAUGGAGAUGGAUGACCUCCAGAAGAGGAUGAUUGAACUGUGUGACCUAAAUGCUGAGCUGCAGGUCCAUAAGCAUUCCUUUGAUGCUGUCGUGAGUGAAAAGGAAUCCCUCAUACUCCAGAAGUGCAGACAGAUUGAGGAGCUGAUGGCUACAGUGAUGGAGUACUCAUCAGUCACAGAGCUGUUGAGAGCAGACAAGACCAAGCUGGAGAGCCAGAUACACAUGAUGCCGCCAGACAUGGCAGUUGCAGGUCUCUCCCUGUCGGUGGCGUACAGGUUGAACCACAGCACUUCAGGAUCCCUGCAGACAGAACUGGCCCUUGCUCAAACACCUCCGGAGGGUGCGGCGUGUGUGUCGCCACUGAGCUUUGCAUCUGUUCUAGAUGAGUCUCUGGACAGGGAGGUGUUAGUGCUCCUGCAGGGCCCCACACCUGACCAGAUGUCCCCGGAGUUCAAGAGCCUCAUCAACAAACUGAAGCGAGAUUUUAAGGACGAGGGCCUCUCCAUCUUGUCAACACUCAGAGGACUCAUGCACCACUAUGGAGGACCAGGGGCUAGUAAAGAUCCCAGACUGCAGGCGGUGCAGUCUGAGCUGGAUCUGAGGAGGACUGAGUGGAGCCUCAGCCUGGAGCAGUUGGACCAGUACACCGACUCCCUGGAGAACGAACUGAUCAAGAUGGCCAGCAGCAUAAGGAGGUCCCGCACUGAGAUACUACACCUGUCAGUCAGGGUUCAGGAGCAGGAGAAUCAGAAACGGCAGCUGCGUGAAGAGUUGGACCGGCUAAAUACCCCGGGGGACAGCAGGGAGGCCAGCUGCCAGACCCCCGACGAGGACACACAGGCUGGGGAAGACCUGGACUGGGACGAGGAGUUUGUCCUCCAAGACUUCCUGAAGAAUGAGGGGGUGGAGACGUACAGGGACUUCAAGAGUCAGGAGACGGGACUGACGGAGGAGGACAGACUGACGGAGAGGGGGGACCAGCCUGGAGAGGGGGAGGGUGCCAAAUUACCAGAAUGCUUUGGGCCUGAGGACGCCCACCAGCAUGCUGUUGACACCGAGGAGCAUCCACUCCCUCCCUCCCACUCUUCUCUAUCGGAUGCAAUGAGCCCUGACACCAUAGUGCCCCUUCUUCAAGACACACCUCAGCCUGGCUCACCAGAACACGACAGGACCAUCACUGCUGGGAACAGUCCACACCCCAGGCUGGCUGAGAUGGUAUCUCCCAGCUGCACUUACCCUGUGAUGAAUGAGACCAUUUUACUGACUUGCAGCUCCCAGCAGACAGACGGCAUUGAAAGAGGAAAAGGAGAGGACAUCACCACCUCGACCAAUAUGAGUGACACACAGAAGCUAACCAAGGACCAGCUGGCUGAGAGAGUGCUAGCAGAGGACAGCACCAGCCUGUUACCAGUACUAGAGGAGGAGGAGGACACACAGGAGACAGUGGAAGUGGACUUGUCAGGGACAGUCAGUCUGGCAGGAGGGGACAGAGGCUCUCCGACUAUGGAUGGACUGAAUGUUGCGCCCACUGACCCAUCACAGGGUCCAAGGGAUGCUACGACACCUGACCCCUCAGGAGCCAAAAUUGACUCCCUGGUUCUCAGGAGCAAGUUCAAGAAGGAACUGGAGCUGUCUCGCAGUAUGGAUGUCAUCGAGGAAGGGAAGGUACAAGAGGACCUGAGUGAAAGUGUUACCACAGAGAAGGACAUUGAAGCCUCUGUUUCUGAGGACUCAACCGUAGGGGACAGAAGCAGCCUGUCCCCUAACGACAAGGAGAUUGAGACUGAGUUCCAGCGCCUGUCCCUGGGCUUUAAGUGUGACAUGUUCACCCUGGAGAAGAGGCUGAGGCUGGAGGAGAGGUCACGAGACCUGGCAGAGGAGAAUGUCCGGAGGGAGGUGUCCAGUUGCCAGGGACUAUUACAGGCCCUGGCCCCUCUGUGUGAGGAUGAUAACCAGUCUAUGGAGAUCAUCCAGAGACUUCAGAAGAACCUGGACAUCCUCAUCCAGUCCAUGACCAGAGUGUCCAGUCGCUCAGAGAUGCUGGGCGCCAUACACCAGGAGUCUCGUACAGGCACGGCAGUAGAGAUAAUGGUCCAGCAUGUAGAGAACCUGAGGAGGAUGUACACUAAGGAACACGCUGAGCUCACUGAGCUGAGGGAGAACAUGCUGCAGAACGAGAGGUCCUUCGGAUCCCACUCAGGAGGAACACACUCGGAUGAUUUCAGAGGCAAGAAACCAUCUGGAGCAACGUCGUAUAAGGCAUCAGCCCGACGGGUCAGCAUAGCAGCUAUCCCCCGGUCCGGUGGGGGAGGGGGACCCAUGCAUUUUGACAUGCCUAAUAAACCACAGGACACCACGGAGGCGGAGAGACUCACCCGCAGAUCUCCCUGGAAUGUGACGGGGAAGAGCACGGCGCGUCCUCCUCUGAAGCGCUUUGUUAGCUCCGGGGCUUGGAUUGAGACUGACGAGCCCUCCCUCGUGAUGCUGACGAAGGGGCCUGCCUACGACGCAGACUCUCCUUCAGAUGAGGAGAGGAGGGAAGUGCCCGAUCAGAGGAAGUCCAGUCUCACUGAGCUGGGCAACAAAAUCACCUCCCUGAUUAUGCCCAACAAGACUCCCAUCCUGGCAGAGCAGGCCGCAGCAGCCCCGUGUUUGGGCUACUCCUCCCGGCCUGCGUCUGCAGCCAGCGGGUCCCGAGGACUGUGGCUCUGGCUGGCCCUAGUAUUGGUCCUAGCAGGCCUCCUGGCCCUCCUAGCCAGCCUGGUGCUGCAGCCGGCCGUGGAUGGAGCGCCCGUGGGGACCGGGGACUCCUGGGUGACCAUCCAGCAGCUCCUGUGGCCCUACACAGGGCUGAGGCACAACGGACAGCCACCGGUUUAG